CCCCAGCCCCGGCUCCGGCCCGAGCGGGCGGGCGGGCGGCGCCAGGCCUGCGCGAGCCCCGCGCUCCGCCGAGCCGGGCCGAGCGAGCCAGCGGGCGGGCGCCACGCCGGGCGGCCGGGCGGCCGGUCGGGCACCAUGGGCCGGAGCCCCCGUCCUCCGGGCGCCCCGGGCCCGGCCAGCCCGCCCCGGGGGCCCCCGGGAGCCCCUCGCUGCCGCCCGAAGACGGUGGCCGAGCGGGCGGGCGCCUAAUUCUCCCGGAAGGGUUAUUCUCUCGCUCCAUUCGGAUAUUUCUUUGGGGGGAGCCAGCGAGACAGCUCGUUUCGGGGCGCUCUGGUUGGGUUAACGGCAUGGAGAACAGUCACCCCCACCACCACCACCACCACCAGCAGCCCCCGCCGCAGCCCGGCCCUUCGGGCGAGAGGAGGAACCACCAUUGGAGAAGUUACAAGUUGAUGAUUGACCCGGCUCUGAAAAAGGGGCAUCAUAAACUGUACCGCUACGAUGGGCAGCAUUUCAGCCUGGCGAUGUCCAGCAACCGCCCGGUGGAAAUUGUGGAAGAUCCCCGGGUGGUCGGGAUCUGGACCAAAAACAAGGAGCUGGAACUGUCGGUGCCCAAAUUCAAGAUCGAUGAGUUCUACGUGGGCCCGGUGCCUCCAAAGCAGGUGACAUUUGCCAAGCUGAAUGAUAACAUUCGUGAAAACUUCCUGAGGGACAUGUGCAAGAAGUAUGGGGAGGUGGAGGAGGUGGAGAUUCUGUACAACCCCAAGACCAAGAAGCACCUGGGCAUCGCCAAGGUGGUCUUUGCCACCGUGCGCGGAGCCAAGGAGGCUGUGCAGCACCUGCACAGCACCUCUGUCAUGGGUAACAUCAUCCACGUGGAGCUGGACACCAAGGGGGAGACCCGCAUGCGCUUCUACGAGCUGUUGGUCACAGGUCGGUACACACCCCAGACCCUCCCUGUGGGCGAGCUGGACUCUGUCUCUCCAAUCGUGAGUGAGACCCUGCAGUGGUCUGACCUGCCCUCCUCUCCCUCUGUCCAGCUGUCUGAUGCCUUGAAGCGCCUCAAGGAUGGUGGCCUAUCUGCAGGCUGUGGUUCUGGCUCAUCCUCUGUUACCCCCAAUAGUGGGGGUACGCCCUUCUCCCAGGACACUGCUUAUUCCAGCUGCCGCCUGGACACACCUAACUCCUAUGGACCAGGCACCCCACUCACACCUCGCCUGGGCACCCCCUUCUCCCAGGACUCCAACUACUCUAGCCGCCAGCCCACACCCUCCUACCUCUUCAGCCAGGACCCCACAGUGACCUUUAAGGCUCAGGCUCGGCGGCACGAGCCCAAGUUCGAGUCCAAGUUUGCAGACGCCUACAACCGCCGCCAUGAGCAUCAUUAUGUCCACAACUCUUCUGCGGUCAGUGCAGUGGCGGGGGCCACCUCAGCCUUCAGGGGCUCCUCAGAUCUCACAUUUGGUGCAGUCAGUGGCAGCAGUGGCCCUCCCUUCAAGGCCCAGCCACAGGAUUCUGCCACAUUUGCCCACACUCCGCCAUCUGCCCAAACAACGCCCACAGCUGGGGUGUCAUUCAAGUCGGCUUUCUCUCCCUAUCAGACCCCCGUGCCCCCAUUUCCCCCAGCCCCUGAGGAGCCCCCCACCACACCCACUUUUGGGACCCGGGACAGUGGCGAGUUCCGACGAGCUCCAGUGCCCCCACCUCUGCCACCCACUGAAUCCCUAACCAAGGAGAAGCCAGGCACGCCACCUGGGCCGCCACCCCCCGAUGCCAGUGGCAUGGAACUUGGUGGUCGGCCUACCUUCGGCUGGAGCCCUGAGCCCUGCGACAGCCCAGGCACCCCCACACUGGAGUCAUCACCUGCGGGACUAGAGAAGCCGCACGACAGCCUGGACUCGCGCAUUGAGAUGCUGCUCAAGGAGCAGCGCACCAAGCUGCCCUUCCUCCGUGAGCAGGACUCAGACACUGAGCUGCAGAUGGAGGGCAGCCCUAUCUCCUCCUCUUCCUCCCAGCUCUCCCCACUGGCCUCCUUUGGCGCCAACUCCCAGCCGGGUUUCCGGGGCGCCACGCCGCCCUCCUCGCCCCCCUCCAGCACUGGCCUGGAGGAUAUCAGUCCUACACCACUGCCCGACUCAGAUGAAGAUGAAGAGCUGGACAUGGGCCUGGGACUCCGGCCCCCACCCAAGCCUGGCCCCCCGGACCCUUCCGGUCUCCUGGGUCAGACAGCUGAGAUGAGGUUGGACUUGACUGGAGACAGGACCCCAACUUCAGAGAAGAUGGAUGAGGGCCAGCAGUCCUCUGGGGAAGACAUGGAGAUCUCUGACGAUGAGAUGCCCUCGGCCCCCAUCACCAGUGCUGACUGCCCCAAGCCCAUGGUGGUGACCCCUGGGGCUGGGGCUGCCCCCUCUGUGCUGGCCCCCAGCCUGACGCUGCCCCCACCCCCAGGCUUCCCACCACUACCCCCGCCCCCGCCCCCACCCCCACCACAGCCUGGCUUCCCUAUGCCCCCACCUCUGCCCCCACCCCCACCCCCCCCUGCCCACCCAGCAGUGUCGGUGCCCCCACCGCCACUACCUGCACCACCAGGCGUCCCGCCUCCGCCCAUCCUGCCGCCUCUGCCGCCCUUCCCGCCAGGCCUGUUUCCCGUGAUGCAGGUGGACAUGAGCCACGUGCUGGGCGGCCAGUGGGGCGGUAUGCCCAUGUCCUUCCAGAUGCAAACGCAGAUGCUGAGCCGGCUGAUGACCGGCCAGGGCGCUUGUCCCUACCCACCCUUCAUGGCUGCUGCAGCUGCUGCAGCCUCUGCUGGGCUGCAGUUCGUCAACCUGCCGCCCUACCGGGGCCCUUUCUCCCUGAGCAAUGCCGGCCCUGGCCGCGGACAGCCCUGGCCGCCCCUGCCCAAGUUUGACCCCUCCGUGCCACCACCAGGCUAUGUGCCCCGCCAGGAGGACCCACACAAGGCCACUGUGGAUGGGGUCUUACUGGUGGUGCUCAAAGAGCUCAAGGCCAUCAUGAAGCGUGACCUCAACCGCAAGAUGGUGGAGGUGGUGGCCUUCCGGGCCUUUGACGAGUGGUGGGACAAGAAGGAGCGGAUGGCCAAGGCUUCCCUGACCCCAGUGAAGUCGGGUGAGCACAAGGAUGAGGACCGGCCAAAGCCCAAGGACCGCAUCGCCUCGUGCCUACUGGAGUCGUGGGGCAAGGGUGAGGGCCUGGGCUAUGAGGGCCUGGGCCUGGGCAUCGGUCUGCGUGGGGCCAUCCGCCUACCCUCCUUCAAGGUCAAGAGGAAGGAGCCACCGGACACGGCCUCAUCUGGUGAUCAGAAGCGGCUGCGGCCCUCAACCUCUGUGGAUGAGGAAGAUGAGGAGUCCGAGCGGGAGCGGGAGCGGGACCGGGAUGUGGCUGACACUCCCUGUGAGCUGGCCAAGCGUGACCCCAAGGGUGUGGGUGUGCGGCGGCGGCCAGGCCGGCCUCUGGAGCUGGACAGUGGUGGGGAGGAGGACGAGAAAGAGUCCCUGUCUGUGUCCUCAUCCUCAUCGGCAUCCUCGUCCUCUGGCUCCUCAACGACCUCACCUUCGUCCUCCACCUCCGACAAGGAGGAACGGGAAAGCACCGAGGAGGAAGAGGGGGGUGAGGAGGAGGAAGAGGAAGGGCGCCCCAGGAGCCAGCUCUCCUCCUCCUCGACCUCGUCCACGUCAGCUAAGGAUGAUGAUGACAGUGACGCCCAGGAUGAGUCUGAGAAUGAAGAUGACAACCUAGCCCUGUCGGAGGCAAGUGAGAAGGAAGAAGGGAACUCGGAUGGAGAGGAGACAGUGAGCAUCGCCACCUCCAAGGCUGGACCCGGGACCUCCAGCGAGAGCUCUGAGUCUUCUGAGUUUGAGUCAAGCUCCGAAUCCUCGUCUUCAUCAUCAUCCUCUGAGGAUGAAGAGGAGCAGGUGGUGGAUGAGGAGGAGGAAGAGGAGGAGGAGGAGGAGGAGGAGGAAGAAGAGGAAGAGGAGGAAGAAGUAGAGGAGGAAGAGAUAGAGGAAGAUGAGGAAGAGGCAGAAAGCAUGGCUCCCACUGCUCCCCAAGACCUGGAAGAGGACAUGUCCCUCGAGAUCCCUGAGUUGGAGUCAUCAGGCAUGGAAGAAGAGGUGGACAUUGAGGCUGAGGAAGAAGCCCCUGAGGAGCAGACCCCCAUGCUAGAAGAACCUCCCUCACCUGUGGGUGUCAAGGAGGUGACCAGAUGCAAAGAACCCCCUGAGGAGCUGGGCCUGAACCAGGAAGGGGUGGCCAGGUUGAAAUCACCAGAGCCCCCUACCAGAGAAAUGGAGCCCCGACCCCCUCCGUCCCCAGAGCCCAUUCCAGAGGAUGACCUAGAAGCCGAGCCUGAGCCCCCUCCCGUGGCCUCCUUAUCUGCACAACCACCAUUGCCACCCACACAACCACCCCGGCCGCCAAGCCCACCACCGGAGCCUGAGACUCCAGAGCCCCCACUCCCGCCAGCCCCCCUGGAGCCUCCCCCAGAGGAGCAGCCCCCUCGAACUCCAGGCCUCUGUGGCAGCCUGGCCAAGUCACAGAGCACAGAGACGAUACCGGCCACACCAAGUGGGGAGCCCCCACUCUCAGGGGGCAGCAGUGGACUAUCACUGAGUUCUCCACAGGUGCCUGGCAGCCCCUUCUCCUACCCAGCCCAAUCCCCUGGCCUGGGCAGUGGGGGCCUCCCCAGGACACCUGGCCGGGACUUCAGCUUCACACCCACCUUCCCUGACCCAGGUGGGCCCCUGCUCUUGCCUGUCUGCCCUCUCCCAGCUGGCCGGCGGGAUGAGCGGGCUGGGCCCCUGGCCUCCCCAGUGCUCUUGGAAACAGGCCUGCCGCUCCCUCUGCCCUUGCCCUUGCCCCUGCCCUUGGCUUUGCCGGUGCCCGUCCUUCGGGCCCAGACUCGGCCCCCCUCCCAACUGCCCCCUCUGCUCCCUGCCCCGUUGGCCCCCUGCCCGUCCCCCAUGAAGAGGAAGCCGGGCCGGCCCCGGCGAUCCCCACCGGCUGUGCUCUCCCUAGAUGGGCCUUUGGUCCGGCCGCCCACGGGGUCCACUCUGAGCAGGGACCUCCUGCUCCUGCCGGGCCAGCCACAGACCCCUGUCUUCCCCAGCACCCAUGACCCUCGGGCUGUGACCCUGGACUUCCGGAACACGGGGAUCCCAGCCCCCCCACCACCCCUGCCCCCCCAGCCUCCCCCACCCUUGCCCCCACCUCCUGUCGAGCCCACCAAACUGCCCUUCAAGGAGCUGGAGAACCAGUGGCCAUCCGAGGCCAUCCCUCCUGGCCCCCGUGGGCGUGAGGAGGUCACCGAGGAGUUCACGGACCUGACCAAGGUGCAUGGGCCCUGGCGCCGACCGCCUAAGAAGCGCCAUGAAGACCUGGUGACUUCUGCCUCGCCAGAGCUCUCACCACCGCAACCCCUCUUCCGGCCACGCUCAGAGUUUGAGGAGAUGACCAUCCUGUAUGACAUCUGGAAUGGUGGCAUUGACGAGGAGGACAUCCGCUUCCUGUGUGUCACUUAUGAGCGGCUGCUGCAGCAGGACAAUGGCAUGGACUGGCUCAAUGACACACUCUGGGUCUACCAUCCCUCCACCAGCCUCUCUUCAGCCAAGAAAAAGAAACGGGACGACGGCAUCCGGGAGCAUGUGACUGGAUGUGCCCGCAGUGAGGGCUUCUACACCAUCGACAAGAAGGACAAGCUCAGAUACCUCAACAGCAGCCGUGCCAGCACCGACGAGCCCCCCACGGACACGCAGGGCAUGAGCAUCCCAGCGCAGCCGCAUGCCUCCACACGGGCUGGCUCGGAGCGGCGGUCAGAGCAGCGCCGCCUGCUGUCCUCCUUUACUGGCAGCUGUGACAGUGACCUGCUCAAGUUCAACCAGCUUAAGUUCCGGAAGAAAAAACUCAAGUUCUGCAAAAGCCACAUUCAUGACUGGGGUCUGUUCGCCAUGGAGCCCAUUGCAGCUGAUGAGAUGGUCAUCGAGUACGUGGGCCAGAACAUCCGACAGGUGAUCGCCGACAUGCGGGAGAAGCGCUAUGAGGACGAGGGCAUCGGCAGCAGCUACAUGUUUCGGGUGGACCACGACACCAUCAUCGACGCCACCAAGUGUGGCAACUUUGCUCGCUUCAUUAACCACAGCUGCAAUCCCAACUGCUAUGCCAAGGUGAUCACGGUGGAGGCGCAGAAGAAAAUUGUCAUCUAUUCAAAGCAGCACAUCAGCGUCAAUGAGGAAAUCACCUAUGACUACAAGUUCCCCAUCGAGGAUGUCAAGAUACCCUGUCUUUGUGGCUCUGAGAACUGCCGGGGAACUCUCAACUAGGCCCCGCCCCCCUCAGGCCCAGUCCCACCUCUCACCCCUGUUUCAGGUGCUGUCCCUCUGCCUAAUGGCCAUGUCAGGGCCUGGCGCCCCCAACACUAACCCCCAAAAGCUCCCUGUGGCUUCAGCCCCUCCAUGGGAAAGGGCUUCCGUGUUUCUGCCUGGUUCUGUUUUUUUUUUUUUUUUUCUCCUUUUAGGAUUUUUAUUGAGCUUCAACAUGAAUUUUUAUGUGUCUCUCUCCUCUUCCCAUUUACCUCUCUUUCUCUUGUCUUCAUCAUCAGCCUUUUUCCAUGAAUGCUGCUAUGAUGUUUUGACUUUUCUAUUUUAUUCCUUCUCACAAGAAAAGUUAUUUUUACCAUUGAAAUGUGAAGGCAGACUCAGAGAGUGGGGACCCCUGGCGGGGCUGCAGUGGCCUGGGUGCACGCAGCUGUGUAGUGGGCCCAUGUCCCAGACCCUGGGCCAGGUGCUGCAGAGAGCUUGGUGUCGGCCUGGUGGCUGCGGCCUCAAAACACUACACAGGUCCCCUCUCUGCUGGACAGCCAGCCCCAUGAGAGGAUACCCUCCCCCUCCCCCUUCUUCACCCUGUCCAACUUUUCCCUUCCCCAGCAUUCUAGGGACGCCAUCUCCUGAGCAGACCCUGGCAGAGCCAAGCUGGGCCCCUGGGGGCUCUCCCCACCACCCCCAAAAUCUUGGGUUCAAUGUUUACUUUCUCAUUCGAAUGCCAGCAAUGUGGGAGCCUCCCAGAGGCCCCAGGGCAGGCUGGGGGCCUGGAAGGGUUGGGUCUACUCUGCCUGCCCUCACCUUGACCCCGGGGAGAGGAGAGCCUCCCAAGGCAGGGGGGGGGGUCAUCCCCCCACUACGGGUGUUUGACCAGAUACUUUUAUGUUGUUUAUAAGCUUCCCUGUACCCCACCCUACGUAGCCCAGCUGUCCCCAACCCCCCAACAAGGCAUGAGCCUAUUUAUUUUCAGACUGAGAAGAUUAUUUCUCCCAGUGAGAGGAAAAGCUUGGAAAAGAUUUUAGAAACUCAGAUUGAAGUCUUUGACAGAUCUGUCCUUUAUUAUUAUUAUUAUUUUUAACCUUUUUGACCUCUUCUCCCUCAUCCUCUUCAGGGUUUUUAUUUCCAUGGAUUUUUUUUUUCUUGUGCGUGUAUAAAAUCCAAGUGGGAGGGAUGGGUUUUUGAAGUUCAGAACCAAUUUCUGUAUAUAGGCUGCCAUAAAGGACUUUUUCUCGGGAACAUUGUUUCUUGUAGAAACACGUGGGAAGACUUUUUUGCUCAUUUCUUUGUACUUUAGGAACACACACACACACACACACACACACACACACACACACACACACACACGUUCCCCGCAUCCCCAGGAAGCAGAGCAGGCAUGUAAAUAAUUUAUGGAAAGUGACUGUUGUGACCAGGAGUCAGGGAGUCAUCCUCACCAUGCAGGAGGGCUCCCGGGGGCCCCAGCCCGGCGGACGCAGGCCAGGCCGAGCCUCUGGUAUCUCAGCUUGUGUCAAGCUUGUUAUCAUGUAAAUUCUGUACAAAGAAUUGUUAUUUUCUCUCUCUUUUUUUUUUGUCUUUGGUGGUUUUGUUGUGUGUAUUUUUUUCCUUCCUUUUCCCCGUGCCCUCUCUGUUUGAGACAGUACCCACCCUUUCAAGGUUGAUGAAAUUGGUGGCAUUAAGACACAGAGGGGGACCUGGGCACAGUGGCGACCUUCUCUUCCGUGUGUGGUUUUCUACCUAAUGGUGCAACUGAGGAAAUAAUUUAUUUUUCACCUGAAGAAAUGUGUAGUUUGUAGAGAUGGCCAACUCCAAUUACUGGGGCAGGCCCCGAGGGGCUACCUUCAUUCUCCUUGCCCUCAGAAACCAGGGCAUGGCCCAGCCUCGCCCCUCAUCCUGGCCACCCUUCAUGAAGCUAAGGCUGGGCCUUCCCUGUCCCCAGGAGCCCUCACCCAGCCCCAUUGUGGUUUGCAAUACCCAGAAAUGUGUUGGCUUUUUUCUUUUAAUGCCUUCAUUUUCAUUGAACAAAUCUUUGCUUUUGUAGAGUUGGGGGAUUCUUGUUUCUCUCUCUCUUUUCCCGGUUCUUCCCCUACCUACAGCCCUCCUCCCUGCCAAAAAAGAAAAAAAAGAGAGCCCAUAAGUUUUAGGGAUGUUUGUGCAUAUAGACUCUUGUCGUCCGUAUGUAACUUGUUUUUGAAGAGAAGUGUUUCCGUUGUGGGUGUGUCUUGCUGUAAAUAUUUGUUCAUAUUUUUGUGAAUUCAAUACUAUGUACCAUUGUAUUAUAGUAACUUUUAUAAAGCAGACCAUAAAUAUACUGACUUCUUACAGA